AUGCUCAGGACUCUAUCUCUUCUCGCUGCAUUGGGCCCUCUCAGUCAUGCUGCUGCCCUCCCUACCUUCCCUCAACUUGAAGUCCGUCAAUCUGUAGCUAGCGUCAAUGCCAGUCUAGGAAACGUCACUAUCUUCGCUACCGGUGGUACUAUUGCUGGCUCUGCCGGGUCAGGCGUUCAGACAACUGGUUAUACCGCUGGAGCGGUCGCUAUCCAGACUCUGAUUGAUGCUGUGCCGGAGCUAUUGAAUAUCUCAAAUAUCAACGGCAUUCAAGUAGCGAAUGUGGACUCGGGCAACAUUAACGCAACUGUCCUGCUCGAACUCAAUCGCCAAAUCACAGCUGAAUUGGCCAAAAAUACUUCUACUGGCGCCGUCAUAACUCAUGGCACCGACACCCUCGAAGAGACAGCGUUUUUCUUGGACCUCACUAUCGAGUCAAAGAAGCCUGUCGUGGUUGUUGGCGCAAUGCGUCCUUCUACUGCUACAUCUGCAGAUGGACCUCUGAACCUGUACCAGGCUGUGACACUGGCUGUUACUCCUGAAGCUGAGAGUCGUGGCACCAUGGUGACCCUGAACGACCGUAUUGACAGUGCCUUCUAUGUGGUAAAGAACAAUGCCAACUCGUUGGAUACCUUCAAGGCAAUCGAGCAAGGCCACCUCGGUUUCUUCUUGGACUCUAUCCCUCAGUUCUACUACUCUGCGGCAACACCGGCCGGAAAGCCUUUCUUCGACCUCGCCCCCCUUAAUCUGACUUCAUUGCCUCACGUCGAUGUUCUCUAUGGUCACCAAGACAGUAACCCAGAGCUUAUCAGAGCCGCCGCUGAAUCGGGUGCUGAGGCCAUCGUUUUCGCCGGUACUGGUGCUGGCGGCUGGACUACCAAGGGCAGACAGGUCGCCCAGGCUGUCUACAACGAGACUGGUAUCCCCAUGGUCUUCUCCACUCGCACUAUGAAUGGAUUCGUCUCGCCCCAGUCCAACGACUGGGCUAUCUCCAGUGGUAACCUUGACCCCCAGAAGGCUCGCAUCCUGCUGCAGUGCGCCCUUGCUGUUGGCUACAACACAACAGAGAUUGCCGAUAUCUUUGAUGCACUUCAGGUUUCAUAG